UAUGCCGUCGUCACUGGAGGCGGAUCUCAUUCGCGUUUUGAGGUACACCGUGCUUUACAGAUAGCAACAAUAGCAGCGUCGCUUCCCGACAGACAAGAGACAACCUGUACCCAUGAAGAGUUUUAUUCAAUACUUCCAACGCGGUCGAAAUGACGCCUCGCCGAACAGAUGCUUGACGAUAGGGGUCCUGCAAGUCUUACUCUGGGUGUUGGCAGCGCCUCCGGAGGUCCUAUCGUUUCCGGUGACUCCUUGCGUGCCCAAUACUCACAGUCAGCACAAUCCAACACGACCAGGUGUGCGUCUCCAUCAAUCAUCGCUCGUGCCGGAAGAGAAUCCGUACGCGGACGCCAGUGUCGCCUCCUUGUCGGGGGUUCGAUAUUCUGACGUCCUGUCCGGUCUCGAUCGGCUCUUUCCGCCGACGGAUUUGGAUAGUCGUAACGCUCUCAGUCGUACCGACGGCUACUGGCCCUACAUUCAGAACGGCAAGGACCCACCAUUGCAGCUCACCUACGGCGAAUUCGAUUUUUACUUUUUCGCGUCUCUCCUGGACAAGGCACACAGCCUUUUUUACCAAGAUUCCGAUCGUCCGGUGCCGUCGGAUUGGUCGGGUAUGACCUUUGUCGACGUUGGCAGCGGGACGGGUCGGUUGGUCCUGGCAGCAGCAGCAUUGCAUCCGUCCUUUCGAGAAUGCCGGGGCGUGGAAUUAUUGCCCGGUAUACACGAAAAGGCGCUUGCAACGUUGGCGGACUGUCCCGUCGACGACGAGGGAAGGGCACAGCUGCGGACGAUGUCCCGGGAAGAAUCUGGUCCAUUACAUACUAUCCCCAUGGCGCCAGUCUCCUUCGCUUGUGGCUCCUUCGAAAGUCCCUACGUCUACAUUGGGGACGCCGAUAUUGUCUUUGUUUUUUCGAGUUGCAUGGGGCACGGACUCCUGGACGGAUUGGCCCAAUCGAUCGGCCGAUCCUGCAAACCCGGCACCUUGGUUAUUACUACCGAUUACAUGUUACCUUUAGAAGCGGACAUUGCCGCUGUGGAGGAUGAUGAUCGCGUUCCGUCGGGUCGGUACCGCCUUGAACUGGUCGAAACGGUCGAGGGUUGGUGCUGGCUCACCGGAGGUGCAUCGACCGCCUAUAUACACCGCGUGAAAGAGUCACUGUGGCGGGAAGACCAGGGUCCGCUUGCGGAACGGGAACUUUCGCUGGAAGACCGGGCCUUUCGAGUCGCGCGGGCCAUGGAAAAGGGGGAGCUUGGUGAUCCCCAAGCGUUCGCCCGCGGUAUACACAACAAUAUGGUGUUCCACGGAAUUCCGGAACGAUUCUACCCGCGGUUGGACACGUAGAGUGCCACACUAGUCGAAGGGUGAGAACAAGGCCAGUUUUACGAUCACUGUGGCGGCGUGCCUAUGAACCUACUAGACGGAUGGAUCGUUUCGAAUAGGUUCCUUGCGAGGUAGACUUUUCUUCUCGAGAAUGGGAGCUCCCAGAUGGAGCCGCUCUAACACCGGCUGGGAAUUCCAAAGAAUCCGCCCUCGGUUGCUUUCAGUCGAAAUACUGAUUACGGAUAGGGAUAGCUAAUUCUCUAGAAGGCCAUUUUUGAUCG